GCGCAAAAAAAAAAAAACAAAGGGAAAGGCACCCAACGCGCCCUCGCUUCCAUCUAUAAAGGCCCAACCCUCCAAUACAAAGUUGCAAACCCUGUUUCUCGUGUGUGUGUGAGUGUGAGGAAACAGAAUGGGUGGGUUUAGAGUUGUUGUGAUGCUUCUAUUUGUGUUCAUUGGUGUUUGUGAUUACGGGGCGAAGGGCAUGGAAACCAAUCCCAACUUUGGUGACACUUGCAGCCCAUGCUGCAAUAGGGGCAUCUGCACCAGGUCAUGUCCCCCAAUUUGUCACUGCUCGGACGUGUGGGAGAACUGUCCCAUCUGGUGCAAAAAAUGUGAUUGCACCGAAGGGGAUUCCAACUCCGAACAAUGUGUAUGCAAGGAUACCUACAACUAUUCCCCACCAGAUUGUCCGGCAUCAGGCUUUGCUGUUAAAGGGUUUGAAAGCCAGCUGAAUUUGAAGUGAAGUUUCAUCAGCUAAUUAUCUAAAACUUACUUACAUAAAUGGAAGGGUCAUCAUCGUAUAUGACCCGCAUAAAUAAAAA